CAUUGUUGUUGAAUUGUCAACAUUCCACAUGGAGAUUAAAUUUAAGAAGAAAAUAGAAAAUCAAUUAAAUGAUGAUCAUGAUUAAAUGAAAAAUUAACUCAAAUAUAAUAUGCGAUUUGUGAUAAGUUUAUAAAUAAUAUAUUGAAUUACUGAAGCGGUUAAUCCACAUUUUGGCCAGUUUAAUAAUCCAGUAUGAUUCCGUAAACACUCUGAUUCACACUUGCAAUUAUGGUUAUUUUUAACUGGCUAUUUUCAAUAAUUUUUUUCGCGAGUUUUUUCUGCGUUCAUAGUGACAACAUUACAGAAGCGAAGGAUGAAUGUAGAAAAUUAUUCAAUAUACUGAAAGAGUCAUUGGGUGAAUUGGAUGUGUGCACAAUUGGGAAUGCAGUUCCGGUGGGAAUGUGUGAUGCAUGUAUUGGACAAUAUGUAAAAGCUGUGCAAUCAUUUCACAACUUGACAAAUGUCAGUGAUCCAAAGUCAGUCCGUGAACGGUGCAUUGACCGCUUUAUGAAUCAGGAUGCCUUAAAUAUCGUAUGGCAACAAUAUCAAAGUGCAAAAAAUCUAUGGAACAAUGCGGACUGUUCAAAUUGUUUCGUCGAGCAAUGUGACGCCGAUAAAAUUGUUGAUGUUAAUAAAGUAAAAGAACUUUGCAAGCAAAAUGUUGAAAUAAUCAAUUUCAAAAAUCGUACCAGUAUAUUGAAUGAUUGUCUUCGUGAAGGCGAUAUACAUCGUGUGGAUGUUUGUAAAGAAUGUUUGACGAAAUUUAAUUCGUUAGAAGAAACCUAUAAAAAUUUGCCCGGAUCACCAAAUCAAAUUUGUUUUGAAGCAAUUGAUCAGUUCAAUAGAACCAGUAGUACGUGGUACAAUGAUCGAAAAUGUCUAAAGCCUGUGGUUCCAAUGCAUCUUUCUGUUACGCUCGAAGUAGUCUUGAUUCUAAUCGGCAUAUUGGUGUUAUCGGCAAUGGGUUAUGGUGGAUUUUAUGCAUUCACAAUUUACCGCCAACAAGGAAAUUAUGUAGAGCAAUUGGAUUCCGACAGCGGAGAAGUAACGCCACCUAUUAAUCCAUAAGAAUUGUACUGUAAUAAAAAAUUCGGUGAUUAUUUUUUUUAAACAAUCGCACACAAACACUUAAAAACGAAAAAAAAAACAAGUGACGCCAUCUAACUGUCGAUGGUUGAAUGUCGAUUUUCGAAUAAGUUGUGUCACAUAUUGGUGUAGUUGCUGGUUGUUUUUUUAUCUCUUCAUAAUUUUAUCCAUAUGUAAGCAAGAACGAGAGAAAUAUACGUGAUUUUGCAUGCAACUGAAUCGAA